CUCAGCCGCGUCCUCGCGCUCCGUCGCGCCGCCCGUGAGGGGCCCAGAAGCGCCGCCGCCGCCGCCAUUACAGGCCGCUCCCCCUCCUCGGCCGCGAACCGGAGGGAAGGAGGGGAACAUGGCGCCGCCUCCUUUCCCUCCCGGCCUCUCGCCGCCCCGCCCCGAGAGCCCGGCCCGGGCCCGACGCCGACCCGGAGGAAAUGCUGUCCUUCCAGUUGUGAGGAUUGGUGACAACUGAGCUGCUUGCUGGUGCAUGCAACAUGGAAACGGCCAUUUUUGUUGCCCUGGUGAUCAUCCACCCAGAUUGCAAAUAGCCAUCCAACUCUUUCUGAGGUCUCAUGGGGUACAGAACACACUAACACUCUUGGAAGCAGUCAAGUGUUGGCAGGAUGUUUGGAUGAUGAUGAUGGCAAGGAAGCAAGAUGUUCGCAUUCCCACCUACAACAUCAGUGUGGUGGGGUUGUCUGGAACGGAAAAAGAGAAAGGGCAGUGUGGCAUUGGGAAGUCCUGCCUCUGCAAUCGAUUUGCACGUCCCAGAGCAGAUGACUUCCAUUUGGACCACACUUCGGUUCUCAGCACGAGCGACUUUGGAGGAAGGGUUGUUAAUAAUGACCACUUCUUAUACUGGGGGGAAGUUGUACGUUCUUUGGAGGACUGCGUGGAAUGUAAAAUGCAUAUUGUGGAACAAACUGAGUUUAUUGAUGACCAGACUUUCCAGCCACACCGCAGCACAGCCCUGCAGCCCUAUAUCAAAAGGGCGGCUGCAACAAAACUGGCAUCGGCGGAAAAGCUCAUGUACUUUUGCACUGAUCAGCUUGGGCUGGAACAGGACUUUGAGCAGAAGCAGAUGCCAGAUGGGAAGCUGCUGAUCGAUGGUUUCCUCCUCUGCUUCGAUGUCAGCAGGGGCAUGAACAGGAGCUUCGAUGAUCAGGUCAAGUUUGUUUCGAACCUGUACAAUCAACUCAUAAAAACGAAAAAGCCCAUCGUUGUGGUCCUGACGAAGUGUGACGAAGGUGUGGAGCGGUACAUUCGAGAUGCGCACACUUUUGCCUUAAGCAAGAAGAACCUCCAGGUGGUGGAGACGUCGGCCAGAUCCAACGUGAAUGUCGACUUGGCGUUCAGCACUUUGGUGCAACUGAUCGACAAGAGCAGGGGGAAGACUAAAAUUAUCCCUUACUUUGAGGCGUUGAAGCAGCAGAGCCAGCAGAUUGCGGCAGCGAAAGAUAAGUACGAGUGGCUGGUGAGCCGCAUUGUCAAAAACCACAAUGAGACUUGGUCAAACGUCUCACGAAAGAUGCAGUCCUCCCCAGAGUAUCAGGAUUACGUGUAUCUGGAAGGGACGCAGAAAGCCAAGAAGCUCUUCCUGCAGCACAUUCAUCGUCUCAAACAGGAGCAUAUCGAGCGCAGGCGGAAAAUGUACCUUGCUGCUCUGCCUCUCGCCUUCGACGCCCUCAUUCCAAACCUGGAUGAAAUAGAUCACUUGAGCUGUAUAAAAGUGGAGAAGCAGUUGGAGACGAAGCCGGACUUCUUAAAGUGGUUUGUUGUUCUCGAGGAGACUCCUUGGGAUGCCACCAGUCAUAUAGAUAACAUGGAGAAUGAGCGCAUUCCAUUUGAUCUGAUGGAGACCUUGCCGGCGCAGCAGCUCUAUGAAGCCCAUCUAGAGAAGCUGAGGAACGAGAGGAAGAGGGCAGAAAUGAGACGGUCUUUCAAGGAGAAUUUGGAGACCUCUCCUUUCAUAACACCAGGGAAACCCUGGGAGGAGGCUCGCAGUUUCAUCAUGAAUGAAGAUUUUUACGCGUGGCUUGAAGAGUCUGUUUACAUGGAUAUUUAUGGUAAACACCAAAAGCAAAUCAUCGAGAAAGCAAAGGAGGAAUUUCAAGAGCUGCUUCUAGAGUAUUCUGAACUGUUUUAUGAGUUGGAGCUUGAUGCCAAACCCAGCAAGGAGAAAAUGGGGGUCAUCCAGGAUGUGUUGGGUGAAGAGCAAAGAUUUAAAGCGCUACAGAAGCUGCAAGCUGAACGAGACGCUCUAAUUCUGAAGCACAUUCAUUUUGUGUAUCACCCAACAAAAGAGACCUGCCCCAGUUGUCCAGCCUGCAUAGAUGCUAAAAUUGAGCACUUGAUAAGUUCCAGGUUUAUAAGGCCAUCUGAUCGCAAUCAGAAAAACUUACUUUCAGAUUCCAAUAUUGAUAGAAUCAACCUAGUGAUUCUUGGGAAAGAUGGACUUGCCCGAGAACUAGCAAAUGAGAUUCGAGCUCUUUGCACAAAUGAUGACAAGUAUGUGAUAGAUGGGAAAAUGUAUGAGCUGUCCUUGAGACCAAUAGAAGGUAAUGUCAGACUUCCGGUUAAUUCUUUCCAGACACCAACAUUUCAGCCACAUGGUUGCCUCUGCCUUUAUAACUCAAAGGAAUCUCUGUCUUAUGUUGUUGAAAGCAUUGAAAAGAGUAGGGAGUCAACUCUUGGCCGAAGGGAUAACCACUUAGUUCAUCUUCCCUUGACUCUGAUACUGGUGAACAAGAGAGGCGAUACCAGUGGCGAAACACUGCACAGCUUAAUACAGCAAGGACAGCAGAUAGCUAGUAAGCUACAGUGUAUCUUUCUUGACCCUGCUUCUGCUGGUAUUGGAUACGGGCGCAACAUUAAUGAAAAGCAAAUCAGUCAGGUCCUCAAAGGGUUGCUGGACUCAAAGCGCAACUUAAACCUUGUUAGCUCAACGGCAAGCAUUAAAGAUCUGGCUGAUAUCGACCUUCGGAUCGUCAUGUGCUUGUUGUGUGGAGAUCCUUUCAAUCUAGAUGACAUCCUUCUGCCCAUUCUUCAGUCCCAAACUUGUAGACCUUCCCAGUGUGGAAGUAGCAAUUCUGUGUUACUUGAACUUCCUGUAGGACCACACAAGAGGCGCAUUGAGCUGUCCUUGCUUUCAUACCAUUCCUCAUUUAGCAUUAGGAAAAGCUGGUUGGUCCACGGUUACAUUUUGUUUUAUUCAGCUAAACGUAAAGCAUCCUUGGCCAUGCUACGUGCCUUUCUUUGUGAAGUACAGGACAUUAUCCCAGUUCAGAUUGUGGCUCUCACUGAAGGCUCCAUAGAUGUCCUAGACAAUGAUUUAAGUAGAGAACAGUUAACAGAGGGAGAGGAAAUUGCCCAGGAUAUAGAUGGAAAGUUUACAACCAUUCCUUGUAGUCACCCUCAGCAUAAACUAGAGAUUUUUCACCCAUUUUUCAAGGAUGUGGUGGAGAAAAAAACCAUAAUUGAAGCUACCCAUAUGUAUGAUAAUGCGGCUGAAGCCUGCAGUACGACAGAAGAAGUGUUUAAUUCACCCCGGGCUGGCUCUCCUCUGUGUAAUUCGAACCUUCAUGAUUCAGAAGAGGACAUUGAGCCCCCCACUUACAGCCCUUUCAGAGAGGAUACAUGUAUGCCCACUUUGUCCAAAGAUCUUUCUAAACUUUCCAUGGAACUGGAGGGGAAUGAUGGUCUUUCUGUUUUUUCUGUUAUGAACACUUUUGAAAGCAAAUUGAACAACAAAGUACCUCCACCAGUGAAACCAAAGCCCCCUGUCCACUUUGAUAUUACAAAGGGGGAUCUCUCUUAUUUGGAUCAAGGGCAUAGGGAUGGACAGAGGAAGUCUGUGACUUCCAGUAGCUGGCCACCCACGGAUGGCUUUGACCCUUCUGAUUAUGCAGAACCCAUGGAUGCAGUAGUCAAACCGAGGAACGAGGAGGAGAAUAUCUACUCUGUGCCUCAUGACAGCACCCAAGGCAAAAUCAUCACCAUUCGUAAUAUUAACAAAACCCAUUCCAACGGUAGCGGGAAUGGCUCAGACAGUGAAAUGGACACAAGUUCAUUAGAACGUGGCCGAAAGUUGUCCACCAUUAGCAAACCAGUGUUGUAUCGGACAAGGUGCACAAGGCUGGGGAGAUUUGCCAGUUACAGGACCAGUUUUAGUGUAGGGAGUGAUGAUGAGUUGGGGCCCAUUAGGAAGAAAGAAGAAGACCAGACUUCCCAAGGAUAUAAGGGAGAUAAUGCUAUCAUUCCGUAUGAAGCUACUGAUGAAGAUCCAAGGAAAAGGAACAUCUUGCGUAGCUUGAGAAGAACCACAAAGAAACCAAAGCCGAAGCCUCGGCCAUCCAUCACAAAGACGACAUGGGAGAGCAACUAUUUUGGGGUUCCUUUGACUACUGUUGUGACACCAGAGAAACCCAUUCCCAUUUUUAUUGAGAGAUGUAUUGAGUACAUUGAAGCCACAGGUUUGAGUACCGAAGGUAUCUAUCGAGUGAGCGGAAACAAGUCCGAGAUGGAGAGUUUACAGCGGCAGUUUGAUCAAGAUCACAGCCUGGACCUAGCAGAGAAGGACUUCACAGUGAAUGCUGUGGCUGGAGCCAUGAAGAGUUUCUUCUCAGAGCUGCCUGACCCUCUUGUACCCUACAACAUGCAGAUUGAACUGGUGGAGGCUCACAAGAUUAAUGACCGAGAACAGAAGCUGCACGCCCUAAAGGAGGUGCUGAGGAAGUUUCCCAAGGAGAACUACGAGGUCUUCAAAUAUGUCAUCUCUCAUUUGAACAAAGUGAGCCACAACAGCAGAACCAACCUGAUGACGAGCGAGAACCUCUCUAUUUGCUUCUGGCCCACCUUGAUGAGGCCCGACUUCAGCACGAUGGACGCCCUCACCGCCACCCGCAUUUACCAGACAAUCAUAGAACUCUUCAUCCACCAGUGCCCCUUCUUCUUCUACCAUCGGCCCAUCAUCGAGCCCCCGGGCGCUACGCCCAGCUCUCCCUCCACCAUUCCCGCCAGCACGCCUUUCCUCUCCUCCACGCCUGUGAUGGCCCAGCCUUCUCCUCCACAGACUCCUCCUCCCUCUCCGCAGUCUCCUCUCCAGCCGCUUCUGCCGCCUCAGCUUCAGGCUGAACAGCACACACUGUGAACCUCAGAGCCGCAGGAAGUAGAGGUCUCCUUCUGUUCUCUCUCACAGAGCAGAGCUUGGGAACUCGGUCCUGGCACCUGUUGGGCCUCUCUUUUCUCACCACACUGUGGCAAGCCUCAGCCACGCUAACAGCAGCCGGAUGGAGCAGAAUCCUGUUGGGGCAUCGGACACCUGUGGAGCCUUGGUUCUGCCUCAGUGCCUGGCACGGGAAGGGCCAGCUGGGUCAGGGGCAUCUUUGGACCUUGCUCUGGCGAAGGGUGAGGACUUGAGCCUCUCGUUGAAUGAUGAACCUGUUCAGUGGGGAUAAACUUUGACCUGAGUAAACCUGGAGCCCUGUAUGAAAACUGCCAAGUCCAGCGGGGAGGCUCAGACCAGAGGCUUUGGACGGGCGUUGGGGAAUCUCUUCCGUCCUCUGCCUGUACAAGAACAGAGGUGGAGCCCCCCGACACAUUCCACAAAUUAUACCCAAGGCCUGUUCUACACUGCUGGACAUCUCGCCGAUUUUAGGGGGACCAUGGUUUCAGCUUAGACCAAUUCAUGUCAUCUCAGCCUAGCUGCUUUGAAGGUCUGGACCAACAUGUCCAUCAAAGGAAAGGCUUUUUAUGUUUUGACAAGGCCGGAAUGUAACUUUUCUCCUGACUGUGAAGUAAUUGCCGAUCCUAAAGUGAGAAGGAACUCCCGAAGUGGGUGAGGGAAGAAAGGGACACUAGAGAAAUGUAACAAUCCCUUCUCCCCCCCCCUCCCUUUCAGUCCUGCUGGUUGGGUUGUUCUUAGUCCACAAAGGGAGUGUUGACACCGGCUCUUUUUCCUGAAGGGAGGGUAAGGAGGAGACAGCCUGGGUUUGGUCUGGCCUGGUUCCGCUGUCUUCACUUGACAAAUCACUGCAUAUCUCUUGCCUCACUCCUCCUUCCCCAACAGAAUAUUGGUGUUAGCACUUAGAAGGGCAGGCAGGCAGCAGGCACACACGCACAUGUUUUGCAAACUGUCAAAUGUUUUGCUGUCUGACUUGGGUUUUGAUUCCUUUGGAACACUACGUGGACAGAAACACUGUUAGAGUGUGUGUGUUUUUGUUUGUAUGUAUGUGGGGCAUGGGGUUGCUUGCAAAUGGGGGGCUAGAACCACAGCUUGUUAAAGAGUUGCCAGUGGAAAUGUUUUUUUUAAAAAAAGUGUGAGCCAUGAUGCAGGAGUGAAAUUGAGGAAGUUGCAGGUCUGUCAUACUUUCCCCCCUCCCGAGCGCUGAAUUGAGGGGAGACUGCAGUUGGGGUUCGGAGAGCUACCAGAGGUGUUUCCAUGCUGCUGUGACUUCUUGGGAGGGAUGCCUCUGUGCGCUUGACUUUGGAGGCCUAGGACAUGUUUCCAGGGAUGCUGAAGACUAAAGCGCUGGGGGGAGAGGGGGAGGACCAUGUUGAAGGGUAGCUUCUGAGGUCAGUGGUGGGUUCUUAAGGCCUUUGGAUUGAUCAACUCUGUGGCAUGUUUCACUGCUUUGCCCAAACCAGAAAGGCCCUGUGCUCAUAUACCAGAGUUGUUUUUGCCCGUUCUCCUCCCUGCCCCUACUCUGCAUAGAUGUGUGUGCCACAGCUCCACAGUUUUGUGCGCCCUUGUGUAGUGCACUGAUUGUCUCAUGCCGAAAGCUGCUCUGAUCUUCGCAUCAGCCCUUAAACCUGUGGUCUUUCAUGCCCUUCCUAGCCAGGAUGUGCGUUUGGGUACACAGCGCCCACCUUCCUUUGCUACAAGUGAUCUCUGCCGGUUUCCACAUGGGGGGAAAAGCAAAGAAGUCCACCAGUAGGGGGAGAACCAGUAAGUGCCAGGUUCACUGUUGAAGAGAAAAUGGGCCUUGGUGCUGCCACUGUGCUGCGUCAGUUGCACCCGUGAGGGAGGGGAUGGGAGGGGCAAUGCUUAUCCUUAGGAACAGAGCGGUUUUUAAACUGGAAUUUCCACGGUACCACUGGGAAGAUGGAAGGGGGCUGUAUCCCUAUGCCAUCCAUUCUGUCUCUUCGCACUUUAAAACAACCUGUGGUUUAUCACUUUUUUGGGAAUUUCAAGGAUGCCUGAGUUAACUGGGGGAGGGAAGGGGGUGGAGUCCUAGCCCCCUUCAGUAGUCAAGCUCCAUCUUCAUUCUGCUCCUCUCUGGCAUAGUGUCAUUCUCCGCCCCCCCCCCCAUCUUUAGCCACCAAGUCUCUCUUCUAAAUAAGCUGAAUUACCUGCUCAUUAUUUUAAAAUUGCAUUGAGAAGCUGUAUCUGUGACAGGAUCAUGUGCUUGAAAAAAAACACUGUCCCCUCUCAAGUUUUUAUAUUCUCAUGUGUUUGAAAAUGAAGCUUUUAAUGUAAAUAUUGGGGGGGAUUUAGAAUGUUCAAAAGGAAAACCGAAUAUUCCACCUCUCUCUUAAUUAUGCAUGCAUAAUGCUAAAAAUCACAUAGGGCAGAGGAAAAUGGUGCUGGGAGGUUUCCCCUCCAACCUUCCUCUUGACCGGAGCGAGGGCUGCUUAGUGCUGGGCUGUGCUUGUGGGCAUUGAGAUGUCACUACCACCACCUUAGGCUGGAAACUGCUGCUUUCUGCCUGGGGUGGGUGACUUCUGGUGCGCAUGCAAAGGUGUGUUUCUGUGCCUUCUCUCUCGGUCUGAUGCUGAACAUCUCCAAGACCUCUUAUCGACACCUGUUGAGAUGUGAGGCCAGCCUUCCUUAGGAAUGUUUGACCACCAUGGCGUUCCAUCAAUCUUCCUUCUUUCCAGUUCACUGUCCACCCCUUGACUAUCCCCCCACACCCCUAAGUAGUGCUCACUGCCUGGUUUUCAGAGGUGGGGUCAGUGGCUUGGCAGCGGAAACUUACUGGGAAGCCGCUGUCUGCUUCCUAUGGCCUUCAGAGUCCGUCCUUCGUUGGAGGUAUGCAAUAGGCUUAGUUUUGUUUGGACCUGUUCCUGCCUGACGCAGUGAAAUGAGGAAGCUUGCUGUGUUUGUGUAAGGUGGACUGUGUGGACCUCGUAGCGCUCCCCCUUCCGUUUUUCCUAUUUGCAGCCAUACCAGUUGACUAGAUAUGUAGUUAGUGAUCCAGAACAGACUUUCUCUGAUAACUCUUCUACCUACUUGCUUCCCACCCUGCCUCUUGAUGUAAGUGACUUCUAGUACCCACUUUUAACUGGGUUUAAAUCUCUUUUCUCCUGUGGGGAAAAGUUAAACUACCUAAAGUCUCUUUGGUUGCCAGGGGCUUUCCAAGACUAGCUAUUUCUUCUUGUAGGAGUUGACCUGCUGUCCUCCUCUGCCAAAGCAGGAAUGUUCCUUUGCCACAAACGGUGUGCCCCUCUCGGGGGGUGGGGGUGGGUGGGGAGUGCAGGGUCUUCUCCUGUGUGUGCAGCCCAACUAUUCUUGCCUUUCUCCAUUGUGGAGUCAGUGGUCCCAGUUGAGAAGUAUGUGGGUUUGAGGUUACUGCCCAGAGGCUGGGGAUUGGUUGUUAUAAAGAAGGCAGAGUCCAUCAUGGUCUCUCGCCAACUCUUUCCCCAAGCCUGGUUUAAAACCUCUCAAAGAUUGCAGAUCACUGCCCAGCUGGGUAAGCUGAAACUCUUCCCAAAAGCCAGUCAGGGCAGAUUCCUGCUUGCCUUGCCAUGGCUCUUUCUGAGCAAAGGCCCCUAUAGCUUACUUUCCAAGAGGGAUCCCCUGGGCUUUGCUUUAAUAGAAAACAUGCCGCAGACUCUAUGCUACUUCCUUUAACAAGCAAGCCACUCCACCCUGUGGUUGAAAAUGACCAACACGGCAAGGUCCAACAAGCUGCCUGCUUUCCGGUGGCGACCCGUCAUUCAUGAAGCUGCCUUAUACUGAAUUAGACCUUCAGUCCAUCAGACUCCGUAUCGCCUGCUCUCACCGGCAGUGGCUGUCCGGGGUCUCAGGUGGAAGUCUUUCACCUCACCUGCUGCCUGAUGGUUUUGACUGGAGGUACCAGGGACGGACCCUGGGACCUUCUGCGUGCCAAGCAGCACGGGCCGUACCGUUGAGCCACGGCCCCUCCCCAUCGUCUUUUCCUCUCCGCACUCUUGCAGUCGAUCAGAGAAUUUAUAUGUAUGAUCUCUUCUUUUUUUAAAGGAAAAAAAACUCAAAAGGAACCCAACUGAGGAAUUUUUGAAAACAAAACGCAGUUUUGAAUUGUUUGCCUGGAUUAGUUCUUGUCAACUUUGUUAACUCAGCCAUUUUGUGCAGCAGCUUCUCUUUGGUUUGUGUCACCUAGCCAGUGGGAUGUGCUGGGUGGUCCGCAGGCCAAGCAGUGACCACCAGCAGCCCCUGAAGUGAAUCUGUCCGUUCAAACUGACUAGUUUUCCGUAGAGGUUCAGUUUGGAGGAAGCAUCUCCCCCCCCCCCGCCAGCCUGUGUAAUAGGUCCUAGUUUUUACUGUUAGUUUUAACUCUUCCCUCCCACCUUUUGUAAAGUUGAAAUACGAUAGAAAUAUUGUAUUUUAAAUGUAGUUUAAGGCAGGGCAUAAGUUAUUGUUUAAAUAAAAUUAAUUUUUUUUCCUGUGUACAUUAAAAAAACAGUCCCAUCUGUGUCUCCAAUUGUAUGGGAAUAAAGCUUGCCCUGAACAGCUGGAUUUAGUUCUGCACUCAGCUUAUUUUUUUUCCCCUGGUACUUGUAUUUUCACAUGUAAAAUAAUCUCUAUAUAUGUUGAAUUAACAAAUUUCUUUUUGGAGUUGAAGAAAAAAGAUUAAUGAUAAUUAAAAACAACGUGUUAGUAGUUCCAGCUAAGUAUGUGCCCGAAACACUCUUUUUCACAGAAACAAAAUAUUGAAAGAUCUGUAUGUAAAGAAAAGUAUAAUGGUUAUUUCUCUGUAUUUUAGAAACCUAACAACAUCCUUUAGUUAUUGGUGAUAGAAUAUAUUUCUUUUAAUGCUUCUUUUAAGGACAUUUUAAACAAUUUGUGGUUUCCCCCCCCAGGCCAAUCCAAUUAGUGCAUGAAAUUGUUGAAAGCUCUGGGCAAACAAAAAAAGCCCUUUUUUCUGCUGAGUUUAAAAAGAAAAAAAAUCAUGUAUUUGCUACAGAGUAUUGUAUGUGUCUCAAUGGGAAUGGUGUAAAAACUUAAAAAGGCCUUACGUGAUAUGUAUCAUAGUUAAUAAAUCAAUCUUGUACAA